AUGAGUACGAAUUCAGAAAGUUUUACAUCAAAAGAUAAGUUGAUGUUUAACGAUUCGCCUGGAUCGCGUACAGUAUCCAUGCUCCUUGAUGAUUAUAAUGAUCUUGAAACUUUGCCAUCGAGAGACAACAGGCCGCCGGAAACGGACGAUCAAUUAGAUGAUAACGAAAUAUCAAUACAGUUGAAGGAUGCGGUAGGUAAGGCUGAGUUAAGAAGCAUUCCUGGUAGUAUUCCUCUGUCUAGUUAUCCCAGAAUUACCACAACAGUUGGCGGUUCAACUAAAUCAGUUAAAAGUGGCAACACAAAUAUGCAAACUAAAUCGUCGUUUCGUUAUCAAAACUCUAAAGUAAGGCAAUUCAUGGCACAGUCUAAUAUAAGUCAAAGAGCUGGACAUACAAUUGAGUCUAAAAAGCCAUCUUCCAUAGAUGGUUCACAACAGUUUGUUCCAAAUAAUAUGAAUAAUGAAAUGCUCUCUUCCGUUGAGCCUAUUAAUAUAAUAAGCCCAGUGGAAAUAGAUCCCUCUUCAAGCGACCCUCCUAGUCAAUAUGAUGGAAUGACAGUUCCAGAUGCUAUUCCAGGUGAUGAAACAUUGAAAGAAAAUAGUUAUAGCGGUAAUAUAAGCCCAGGAUUUGAAAAGGAGGAAAAGCCCAAUAGGAAGUUUCAAAGAGCGGUCAACAUGAAUGGAGAAGGCUCCUCAGAUUAUAGUAGAUCGAAGAGCCUGGAUUAUUCUUUUGAGAACAAGAAUUCCAGAAAUGACGAGAAAGUUAAAAGUGCAAUCAAUAUUUGGAAAUAUGUUUGUGUCGGGACACUUGCUGGUGCCAUUAUCAUGUUUUUGGUAACCUUAUCCGUAAAGUUUAUCAAUGACUCAAAAUUACCUCCGCAGCAAAAAAUACAAUCCAAUGACCUUAUAAAUGCCUUUGAAAACUCGGAUAAUAGAACAAGAGAUGAUCUACUUAAAUAUUUUAUGAAUAAGUAUGAUCUGCUCCAAAAUGGGUUAAAGCCAGAAAAUAUAACUUCGGAGAAUGAACAUCUAAUGACUGUACAAACCUGGUUAACAGGCCCAGUCACCGGUGUUGAGAAUAACUUUGAAAAGAUCAAUCCGGAAUUUAAAAAUGAUAGGGAAAUUCAGUCUUUGAUGAAAGCAGAUGAUCUCAAACAAACAUUUUACUGUUUAGCAUAUGCUCCCAGAGGAGUCAUAGAACCACAAUGUGGGGCAACCCAAAGAGAUAUAUUACUUGAUAUUGCUAGGAUGUCCAAGGUUACAAAUAAAAUUAGAACAUAUGGUACACAGUGUAACCAAACGGCGAUGAUUCUUGAAGCUAUCAGGCAAUUGCAUGUUAAUCUGACACUUUCAAUGGGAAUAUGGAUUGGAGAGGAUACUUUUAUUAAUGAUAAACAAUUUGAUGAUAUGCGAGAUUUGUUAAAUAAGUAUCCGGAAACAAUGUUUGAUUCAAUUUUUGUUGGUAAUGAGGUUUUAUAUCGAGAGGAUAAAUCUGUGGACGAAUUGGCUAGUUUAAUUACAAGAGUGAAAGAUCAUCUUCACUCCAUAAGUUAUGAAAGAAUUCAAGUUGGAACUUCUGAAUUAGGUUCAUUGGUUAACAAUAAAAUUCUUGAUGUGUGUGAUUUUGUUUCUGUUAAUAUACAUCCAUUUUUCAGUGGUGUUUCUGCAAGCGAAGGAAGGAAAUGGACUAUACAUUAUUUAAAAAAUCAGGUACUGCCUCUCUUAGGAAACUCGCACGACAAAAAAGUUGUGAUAUCGGAAAUUGGCUGGCCAUAUACAGGAGGUGAGUAUGAGAGUGCUAUAGCCAAUUACACGGAAAUGCAACUAUUUUUAAAUGAUUGGAUAUGUGAAGCACAAAAUAACAAGAUUUAUUCUAUAUAUUUUGAAGCAUUCGACGAACCAUGGAAGGAAAUCUUUUAUGAUGGUUCUCAAAGAUGGGAAACAAAUUGGGGAUUUUUUGACUCAGAGAGACAAAUGAAGAAAAAUAUCUUAAUUCCAGACUGUCGGAAAGAUCGUAAAGCGAUACAGGCCUCAUUCAAAUUAUUUUAA